AUCACGUGAUCCAAAAUGGGCAGUCCUCUGACGGUGCUGGAAAAAAAAAAAAGCCAUUUUCUGGCGCUGCUGCAAAAUUGUGUCCAAGUGCAAAUAAUUUAGCAGUUCGGUGUCCGCGGCCAAAGGGACACUUUGAUGUCUGAUCAGAUCGGUCCAGAUGGAUAAAAUGCAACCGAACCGGAUUAAAAUCACAGAUCUGAAUCCACACCUCACGUGUCCACUGUGCGCAGGUUACUUAGUUGAUGCAACAACCAUCGUAGAGUGUCUGCACUCCUUUUGUAAAACGUGCAUCGUCGCCUUCCUGGAGACAAAUAAGUUCUGUCCUCGAUGUGAUGUCCAGGUACAUAAGACGUGUCCACAGCUCAGCAUCAGAGCGGACAAAACUCUUCAAGAUAUUGUUUAUAAGCUUGUUCCGGGAUUAUUCAAAGAUGAGAUGAAACGGAGGCGAGACUUCUAUGCAGAGAACCGCGAGCUGGAACCGGGGGAAGUGGUGGAGACGUUUAAUAUCGCGGAGGAUGAAAUCAUCAGUCUGUCCAUUCAGUUCUACGAGAGAAACAAGAAUAAAGACAAGCAGCACUCGGAGAUGGACGAGGAGAAGUCCAACGGGAAACGCUUCCUGCAGUGUCCUGCAGCCAUGUCCGUCAUGCACUUAGCAAAGUUCCUCCGAAGCAAGAUGGAUAUUCCCAACAACUAUCGGGUGGAGGUGUUGUACGGCGACGAGCCCUUAAAGGACUACUACACACUAAUGGACAUUGCUUACUUCUACGAGUGGAGACGAACUGGACCCAUCCCUCUUCAGUACCUGGUCAAACCCACCCGGAAGCGUAGGAGGCCGUCGCAGUCUGCCACGCAGGGACACUCCGACGGCGUCAACACCAGCCCCACGUCGGAGAGCGACUCCCAAAGUGACAAGGUGCACAGUCCUGCCGCCGCCCAGCCACCGCGCACCUCGUUGCAGCCCAGCCCCGCCUCCCACAACCUGCCUCCCACCAUCCAAAGCUCCAACGGUACCACUGUGGCCAACAACACUCAGCGACACUCUCUCGCCUCCAAACCGGGCAGUGGCAGCAGCACCCGGAAAGUGACUGUCAACGGCACAAGCUCGGCUGGCAAAGAGGAGGUGCGGGGAGGUGAGAAAAGCGGUUUACCACCUGCGACUUAAAGCAUGUGUGGCGCAGCAGGGAGGACAGUUUUGGAAUUGCUCCCAAACAAAAAGACAAGUUUACGUCUUCACCUUCUCGUUCUUCGUGGAGUAAUGGGAGGAAAUUGUCAUUGUGCAGCCAGAGUGACUGAAAAGUUCCGCCAAAUGCGCGUCUACGUGUUUGUGUGUUAGAGUAGGAGCGUGCACACAUACAAACUGUACAGUAUGUAUCAAAUGUGAGCAUGUUUGCGUACAUAUGUAUAAACUAUCUUUUAUACAAGAUAUGGUAAACGUUUUGUAUUGUAUAUGCAGUGGGUCUGUUCAAUUUCAGUGGUUCCAUCGAUUCAGCUUCCAUAUGACUGGAGACAAAAAUCCAGAAAAUCACUGCAGAUGUUGGAUGUAUUUUUGAAAGAAAAAAAAACAUUUGGACAGUGGACUUAAUUGCUGUUUGAGUAAACGCAACAGGUCAUACAUGCAUUUUGGAUAUUUGAGAUAAAACUGCAGAUGCAUCUUCUGCAGGUUAGACAUUUUCCCAACAGAAGCAGCUUUUCUAUUCCAACGUUUUCGAGCACUACCAGGUUUUCCUUGCGCCAGUCGAGGAAAUCAGAAUUGACAGUGUUGUUGUGUCCCAAACAUUUCAACAUUCCUUUUCUGUUCAAUCUACAAGAAUAUUUCUUUUAUUAAAAAGGAAGAAAAUCCGGCAUAUGUGCAUGUUUUAGGUCAAUAAAAUGUUUACUUAC